GGCCCGGGGUUAUUCUGGGGGGCAAUUAGGAGUGGUUGCAAGUGUGAGACUUGCCGAUUGAGCGUCGGUUUGGCGUCCAGUAGCGAGCGCCUUGUCAUGACUGGGCAGGAGCCCAGGUCUGAGACUGAAACCCUCCUCUUGAAUCUCCGCCCGCGACAGGAUCGGAUCUUCGAGCAGAAGAGGGAGCUGGGAGAGGCGAGGGAAUCGCUCCAGAGGUCGGAGGAGAGCGUGGCCGAUCGUGACCGCAGGAUUGAGGAACUGCAGAGGCUGAUGGGUGGAAUGGAAGAGGAACACCGAGUGCUGGCAGGGAGGAUGACCGAGAACGAGCGCCAGUUGGAAGAGAUGAGGGCGCAGAAUCGCGCUGGCAAGACCGACCAACACAGGGUGUUGCAGCUGGAGAAAGAAGCAGAGAACCUGAGGGAGAAGAUUUGUCACCUCAAUGAUAUGUUGAAGAGCCAGCAGAGGAAAGUCAGGCAAAUGAUCAAGCAGAUGCAGAGCUCCCGGACUCAGAUCGAGGAGAAGGACCUGCUGAUUCAGCAGCUACAGGAGCGGGUGGAGCAUCUGGAGUCUGAGAACCGAGAGAUGCAAGACCGUCUGGAGUAUGUGACCUCUCACAAGGUCUCUUCCUCCGCCACCUCCCAGCAAUGCAAUGGCCGAGUGGCCACAGACCCCCAGGUUAUCUCCAGAUACCCUCUGGGCUGCAGGAAACCCAAAGCCUUGGUACGAGUGCUAGAAACAUCAUGACAGCAGGAGCAGAUCCGCUGGAAACCAACACACUUCCCUCAGUCAAACCUUGCUGCUGGCUAUGUCGUCUCGGGUUUACUGUUGAGGGCAGAGUGACCGAAUACUUCACUCGUGGAAGACUGAACUAACCCCCCAACAUCGACAAACACUAUGUGGGAGAGAGCUCCACAUCCCCACACUCUCAAACUCCCUUGAUGCUCCCUCAAACAGCACAGAGUUUGAUGACAGACUAUAAGUUGUCUUACUUUUGUUUUAAACUGAAAAUAAAAAGCUGCCUCUAUACUGUCCUCACCAUCAAACACUCCCAGGGACAGGGACAGCACUGGGUUAGGUACAGAGUAAAGCUCCCUCUACACUGUUCCCCAUCAACCUCUCCCAGCGUUGAGAGACUUGUACCCUGGAACUCAGGCCCAUAUUGACAUGUUCUGCACAGCACUGAUAUCGCAGUGCUGCUGUUCUGGUCUAGAAUUGGGAGAUGGGACAUGUACCAAAGUCACUAGGAUAAAGCUCCCAAUCCCCUUCUCUCCACACUGUUGCCCGGUCUGCCACACUCGAGGCUUUCAAGUUCAGUGUAAAUAUCUUUCAGAAUCACUGUUUUAAGAUUUCAGUUCAUUCUUCUAUUUAAAUUAUUUCCUGUGUUUAAAACAGUCUGAACUGUUUGAUGUGGUUUUGUUUGCGGGAUGGAUUAAACAGAUUAAUAAAAACACCAAAGCCA